CUCUGACAUCCUUGCGGGGCUGUUCGCUGUUGGAGAAGGAACGCACUCCUUACGUCGUCACGCUAGCUGCUCAAGUUCAGUGCAAAUCAGACCAGAAGACGCGACACACUCUGCGGACUCAGUAGCGUCGAUCAGUGCCAUCAGGAAUUAAUUUAGUGUACAAACACGAGUUUGAUUACUGGAUAUACUGUAUAAAGGAUAUACACCAGCAAUGGAUUCUACGAUAAAGAACAAGGCUCCACCUUAUUUGCCUUCUCAGCCUAUGCUGCCGCUAACGCCACCCGCCCAAAACAGCGUGUAUUUCCAAAAAGGCGCGGAACUACCUUUUUAUCCAAAAGCUCCUCCAAUGGAUCCUCUUUUACCACCAUCGCAAGGCCCAUCAUCCAAUGUUACGAUCAUCCAGCAACCUCAGGUUCCAUCAGCGUCUCCGAAGAAUAAAAAACUUAUAAUCAGUCUCGUCAUCGCCAUUAUUAUAGCAGUUUUCUUAAUGGAACUCAUCCGUUUUGGAAUGCAUUAUUUUCAGAUGGAAAUCUGACUUUUUAAGCUGACUUACCGUGAUCCUGUUACGUGGUACACCAAAUUCCGUAGUAGUGAAUCUUUAGACUUUACGAUUAUUUUUAUUUUAAAGCAUAAGAUCGGCACACAGUGGAACUUCACCUGGUUUAUCUAGUAGAGAGACAUGUGAGUUAUGCGAAGAACCAAUCAGAUACGAGAAACGAUCACGGCGUUUCUCUCUCCCUCCCUCCCCCCCUCUCUCUCUCUCUCUCUCUCACACACACACACACACACCCUCUCUCUCUCUCUCUCUCUCUCUCUGUGCGUACUCUGACAAACGAAAAGGUUAAGACUUGCCCCUUCACUAGGUGAGGUUCCACUGUACUUAUAAAGUUCAUGACCCGAUGACCUGAUCCUUGGAAACAUAAAUCACGAUUUGUACGACGAGUUCUAA